CCGGUGGUUUUCUACUCCCUCCUCCCCACCCCCGCCGUCUCCGGGCGGUCCUCUGUCCCUCGCCAUCUCCAACCGAAGUUGGGCUCUUUCCUUCUCCUCCUCCUGGAUGACUCAGGCCCACGUUCCUGUUGGUGGAUGCCUUUGCCAUUGAAUGGCAGAACGGCGCAGCCUGCAGAACAACGGAACAGGGUUCUGGCAUGAUUAAAGCUGGUUUUGCAGGUGAUCAAAUACCUAAGUACUGUUUUCCAAACUAUGUUGGCAGACCAAAGCAUGUCCGAGUUAUGGCUGGAGCAUUGGAAGGUGACAUUUUCAUUGGCCCAAAAGCAGAGGAACAUAGAGGUCUUCUUUCUAUACGGUACCCAAUGGAACAUGGUAUAGUGAAGGAUUGGAAUGAUAUGGAGCGCAUUUGGCAGUAUGUGUAUUCAAAAGAUCAACUCCAGACAUUCUCUGAAGAACAUCCUGUACUCUUGACGGAAGCGCCACUGAAUCCUCGUAAGAACCGUGAACGAGCAGCUGAGGUUUUCUUUGAGACUUUCAAUGUGCCAGCUCUAUUCAUCUCUAUGCAAGCUGUGCUUAGUCUUUAUGCAACAGGACGAACUACAGGGGUGGUGUUGGACUCUGGGGAUGGGGUCACCCAUGCAGUACCUAUUUAUGAAGGUUUUGCGAUGCCCCACUCCAUUAUGCGAAUUGACAUAGCUGGCCGUGAUGUCUCUCGUUUUCUUCGCCUCUAUCUCCGAAAGGAAGGCUAUGACUUCCAUACAUCUUCUGAAUUUGAGAUCGUCAAAACCAUAAAAGAGCGGGCUUGCUAUCUGUCAAUAAACCCUCAGAAGGAUGAAACUUUAGAAACUGAAAAAGCUCAAUAUUACCUUCCUGAUGGAAGCACCAUUGAGAUUGGUCCUGCCCGAUUCAGGGCUCCUGAAUUACUGUUCCGUCCAGAUCUGAUUGGAGAAGAAUGUGAGGGAUUGCAUGAAGUUCUGGUUUUUGCAGUUCAGAAGUCUGAUAUGGACUUAAGACGAACUCUCUUUUCCAACAUUGUGCUUUCUGGAGGCUCCACGCUCUUCAAAGGUUUUGGUGAUAGGCUUCUAAGUGAAGUAAAGAAACUGGCCCCUAAAGAUGUCAAAAUCAGGAUAUCUGCUCCUCAAGAGAGAUUAUAUUCUACAUGGAUUGGAGGCUCCAUCCUGGCUUCACUUGACACGUUUAAGAAAAUGUGGGUUUCCAAGAAAGAAUAUGAGGAAGACAGUUCCUGGGCAAUCCACCGAAAAACCUUCUAACCCUGGCAAGUUCAGGGAUCUCUUUAGAUAUUUGUUCUUAUUCUUAACUCUCUUUUCUGAAUCUCUAAGGGGUUGUCUGUGUAUGCAUGAAUGGAUAGAUGGGUGCCAGCACACCCUGGACUUUCACAGAGCCAAAGGGAAAGCUGGGUUUUGGCUUGACUUCCAAUUGGUUGUGUGGGUUUGAGACUUAAUACACUGGAAAAAUCCCCCCCCCUUUUUUUUUUUUCCUAGGUGACCCACAAACCUUUAAGGGGGAAGGAAGAAAACCCUAUUAUGUUUCAGAAGAAACUUUGGGUAAUAUAAAAGUGAAUAAUAAGAUAGAAAUAGGAAAUGUCAACUAACAUUGGAUCAAAUUUAAAUAGGCUGACCAGGUGGAAAUUGAGCACAGAAAAUGAUAGUUAUUUCCAGGGCUCAGCAGAUAUUUUUUAGAUGGUUAAUUCAGAGCUUUCCUUCCACACCACUUUUUUCCCCUGACAUAUGCAGAAAAGAGAAUAAGCACAUUCUUAACUAUUACUACUCCAUUUACUGCUUUGUACAUGUAUGUAUAUUCUUAGGCUGAUGUGUGUGAAUCAGAAUCACGAUAUGAUAGUUGGAGCAGUUAAUUUUAGGAACUAGUUUAUAUUGCAUGACAUAAAUCAGAAAGAGCCUUCUUUGUUCUUUUCUAGACAGUUGGUUUUGGCAGCCUGUAAUAAAGCAGAUGUCAUUUAACUAAUUGGAAGAUGAUUCCAAAAUGUGUUUGAUGGCCCAUUCUAUUCUUCCUCUGCUCACCAUGUCUCUUUUCCCAAACAUGUAGUUUCUAAAUUAAUACUGAUUCUUCCUGAAAUGCAAAGACAUUGUUCCUGUGUCACAAUUUCUGCCCAAAGGACCUUCAGCCAAGCUUGGUGGGGAGCCAUGCAAUUGUUUUCCAGAGUUGUUUUAUUUAUUGAGGAGUUUUAGUGGUUGCUGAACUAUUAUUACUAUAAAUUAGUUCCACCAUUUUCUGUGUCCUAUUAGAUUGUAUUUGCUCAUAGUUUAAUACUAGCACUAAUGUUUUAACAAAAUAUUUGUUAAAUACUAUGAGAUCUGUUUGGCGACCCUACUGCAUUAUUUUUUGAUUUGUUGUUUCAGUGAAUGCACCACAUGAGAAAAAUAUGAACUGUAUCAGAAUGUUUGAGUUUAAUAGUAAUCUACAGAAGGUUGGCAUUCUAAAAUAAUGUCAGCCUCUGAUUUUCUAUGCUACAGAAAUGAAAAUCUGCUUUGAACUCAUUUUUUAUUUUAUUUUUUUAUGUAUAUUUUGGUGCUUAUGUUUUUUUACUUUGCUGCUGAAAACCAAAUAUUUUUGCAUUUUUGUCCAUUUAAGUAUUUGAAGAUUAGGCAUCAGGAAAAAAAAGCCUUACAUCUACCAAUAGUCAAAUAUUGGAAGAGAAACCGUAGUCAGAAGUAAAUAUUAAAUAACUUGUACUAUCCCAGAGGAGAAAUACAGAGUGUUUGCUAUUAGUAUAUUAUAAAUGUGGUCCUGUUGUGUUUUUGGUUGAAAGCCUGUUUUCCUUCUUAGGUUAUUAGCAUUCUCAGAAAAAUUAUACAAGAAUUAAGUAGGCAAACUGGAUAUUUAGUGGAAUUCUGCCUCUGUUUCAGUGUUCAUAAGAGGAAGAUCCAUUAUGGCUGAAUGGAUGGAGGAAAUAUAGCUUCUCUUGCCAGCAGGCUGAUUAGAAAUGCAUAUAAUACAUAUAGUCUUGUGCAUUAUUCAGCCAUUCUUUAGUGUUAAAAAUAGGGUAAGACCUAAAGAUAUAAUUCUCCCGAGUAUGUUUUGCUUAGUCCCCUUUUAGUGUAAGAGCAGAUAUAUUUUCAGAAGAGUCUAAUUAGAAUUGACUUAUAAGAGAGGAAAGCAAACAUCUGAAUUCAGCAAUUCUCGAAGUGUACAUAAAUAGUUGUGUAGUACAGGAAUACGUAGAGUCCUUUGUAGCCAUUUCUUCUGUUACAAAGAAAGGAUUUGGGGGAUAGAGCGAUAAUGUUCCUUUAAUGAAUAAUAUUCAGAUUUCACCAUUAUGUCCUUAUCUUCAUUAAUGAAAUCUAUACUGUGACAAGAAUGACUCUGCCCAUUUAAUAAUCCUCUAAGAUUAAAGAAUAGCACAAGGCAUUUUCUAGGUUCACAGUUUAUUGAGAAUAAUAGUUACAUUAAAAAAUAAAAUGACUGUACACUACAUUUUGUAAGGUUCUUCUAAAAUGCUGCUACAAAUGAUCUCCUGUGUGUUUCUUUAUUUCCUGAUAUUAUUUAUGGUUUUCUUACCUUGGAUGUAUCCUAAGCAUUUAGGUGACAUUGCUAGGAAAUCAUAUCAUCAUUACAAAAUAACAAUCUCCCAAUUCAGUCAUUGUUUUAAUUAAACCUUCCUGAACAAGUCAUUUCGUUUGUGAUUGGAACUGAAAUGAAAUUUCUGCUAUGCUUGAUUCAAAAGUUCAUUGCAUGCCUAAGCAAGAUCUUGAGAAGUUGCUCUGCUUUUAUUUUAACUAUUUGCUUUCAGAGCAGAGGCUCAAGCAAGUUCAUUGUUGUGUUGAUCAAGGCUUGAGUUAUAGGUCUGUUUUUCUAUACAAGUAUACUUUUCCUGUUGGCUCUAAAUAUGUUCAAAUAUGGUAGAAGGGGUACUGUCAUUAGACAACGUUUAGAAAACUAAAGGGUUAAAUGCAGGUUUAGAGGCAGUAGCCUAAUAAAAAAAUAUUGAGUAUUGUAUUAGCUUUUCUUUUGACAAGAUUUAUGUACAGGGUAACCUGGUAUUUCUGAUGGAAGACCACAGGACUGGUUUUUCACUGCAGGAAAAGGGCACCUAGCCCAUAUUUCUUACCUUGCACUAUGAUAAUGUCACAUUUUAUUUUAGUUGUAUAGCAUUUGAAAUGUUUGUCCAGUGCAGGCUAUUACUUUGGAGGCCUUCAGUCUUACUUGAGUUACUUGAAAAAACAGAAAAUUUUAGUAUUAAUGAAAUUGGUACUGUAAUUGCAGUAAUGAAGGGUCAGUUGGAAAUAAUAAGGGCUACAGCUUGUACUGGCAUGAAGGAUGGCAAACCAUUACUGUAAUUUGUUUUAGUUCAUGUUUAUGGCUGUAUGUUUGUGGAAGUAGCAUUCCUAUGUAUAAACAAUCCUUAAUUACCCCCUUCUUUUAAUUCAUGGCAAUUUGUUUUGACAUCAGAAGCAGUAAAAUUGUAUACUAAACAGACAAACCCAGCACUGGUUUUAUCAGUCCGAUGCUAUACUUCACACAGAUGUGCAAAUCACUGUGGGGUAUUGCCUACUGUACGUAAAUAAAAUUAUUAAUACAUAGUGUAAUUAUUUGAUUGGAGAAACUGUUUGAUUCAAUUAAUGGGAGUGAUCUUAUUUUCUUUGGAAUCUUAGACACAAAGCCUGCUUAGUUAUCUUGGGCCAAUCAUUUUCUCUCUACCCUAUGAGGGAAGCAGUGGCAAACCACUUCUGGGGGAAAAAACUAUUGCCAAGAAAAUUGCAGAGAGUUGGGCAGAAUUAAACAGAAGAGAAAAUAUGGUUUGAGGAGUUGGUGUCCUCUUUGGAAGUAAUUCUGUUUGGCUAGAGAGAGAGAAAAGGAGAGGGAGAGAGUAGAAAAAGGGAAGAGGUGAGAGAGAGAAGGGAAAUGGAGAGACAGAAAAGGACAGAGAAGGAAAGGAGACAGAGGAAAGAGGGGAGAGGUGAUAGAGGGUGAACAACACACCCGAGGCUGGGUGUGGCAAAAGGUGGCUGGGAUGGGAGGAUUGAGGUAGGGCUGGGAGGGGCAAAUAAUUUAAUAACCGGUUCUCUGCCCUAAUGACCUGUUGGGUAGGCAUGACUGGGGGGAUAUCAUGUGACUGGGUAGGAGUGACAUUGAGUUGGCCACGGCUACGCAGUCAAACCAGUUAUGAAAUUAUUGGCUCCCGCUGUUUUCUGUGGGAAACGGGUCCAAUUGGCUCUUUGAGUGUUUAAGGUUGCAGACUCUUGGUAGCAGAUUCAGCCAAAUUUUAAUCUUCUAUCUAUUGUAGCGUUCCUUAAGACAGCUAGGAUUCUUACAUACUAGACAAGCUUUCUUCAGUUUAAAACAUUCCAGUGAGUUGGAGGAACAUUUCCAGGUUAUGCAGCUAGGCUGGCCUAAUAUAAUUGGUAUUUUUGUUAUUACUGGUAUUUUAAUGAUAUACUUGGGUUGGCAGCUUGAUUGAGCCUUCUGCCACCAACGGUCUCGGAAAACCACAGUUGGCAUCCACCUUCUGACCCUAGCAAGAGGCACUCACAUUCCUCGUGUUGGUUUUCUGGCAGUGUAGGAGUCAAAAUGCAAAAGGUGAAAAUACAACAGGACCACUGCAUGACCCUGCACUAUAAAUGCGUGUGGUGACCAAAGGAUUCAGCUAUUCCUUUUCCUUAGUGAUAAACAAACUCAAACUUGCUGAAUAAAGAAAACAUGCAGUAUAAACCUUUGCCUAUCUGAAUCAAUGUCUGCAUUGCUUUCUACUCUGGGCAUGUGGAUUGUGCCUGUGCCUGCAGUUUGGCAUGCAGGCUAAAUCUAGGAAAGAAACCAAGAGGAGAUUCCACUGGAUUAGUUUUUCCUUCCUUUUUUUUUCAGAAAGGAAGGGUAAAAACCCUCAGGGGGGAUACACAGAGAAAGUUUAUGAUGUAGAAAGACACCAUACAGAAAAAUGCUCUCACAUUUCCUAGCAGGUAAUUGUAACUUCUCUUACAUGUAUAAUAAUGAGAGAAAAGGGCUUAAAUCUGGUUCAUAUUAAAUAUAUUGUCCUAACUCCAACAUUGAUAUUUGUAUACCCUUACAAUAUUUGUAUAUUAGCAUGAUUUGGUGAAGUCAGCCAAUAGCCUGAGAUGGGAGGAAAAUACUUUCUUGGAAAAUCAUCUCAACAUUAACUACCAUAUAGUCAACAAAUCAAACCAUCAAUGUCUCUCAUGCACAUGCACACACACAUACACAAAACAGAUUUUUAAAAGGAUGUUUAAUGAAAUGAAAAUCAAGGUAAUCAGUAUACAAACUGAGAGCAAUAAAUUAUACUGAAUCCAUCCAACAAGACAAAAGCUGUAAACAUUUCAUCAUCCUGGUCUUUGAAGGCAAAAUGGCAGUUGCAGCAGCUAAGGCUACUGUCUAAACAAACUGAUACUUGGCACGCACAAAGGAGGAUAUGAUUUGGUCCUGACAGGAAAUGUAGCCCAAAACAUUUGGGGAAAUCAAGGACAUUUAUGAUAUAUAGGCAAUUUUAGGCCAUUUCCUGUGAUCAGUAUUUCUGCAAAAAAAAUGAUUUCAUGACCAGUUCUGCUCAGCUAGUGGCAGCUUUUUUAGAAAGGGGCAGUCUCAGAAAAGCAGAAUUGUCAGUCAUCCGUGAACAAACCAACAUUCGGCACUGGUUCAGUAGAAAUGCACAGACCACCAGCCCUUAUUCCACCUUUGGCAGAACAAGAGAAAGUGGAUUUUCAGCAUAACCAUUAGGACUAAAGAUUGAAAAUGCAUGUUUUUAAUUUCUGACUGCUACAUCUGCUUUUAGUACUCUACUUUUAAAAACAAAUUUCUAUCUUGAACUAUGAGUGGGAAUGAAGUAUAUUCAUUCUCUUGAAAAGGCAAUACAUGACCAGUUUCAAUAUCAGAGAAGCUAUUUUACAGAAUCUAAGUGCUCUUGCCCACCGUGAGAAAUCAUUAAGUUACAAUUAUUUUAACUGUAUUUGGCUAAAUCAAGUUUGACUACCAAUCCAAUGCAAAAAAGAACAGAGCUAAUGGAAUACUUAAAACCUAUCUAUCACCUGUGGCAAAGAUGUCUGUAAACAGUAUAUGGAGUUUGUGAUA